UUUAUUCCUGGAUUCAAUUGCCGGCAGCAGUAAGUUUCGCAAAAUGUCCUUGCAAAUAGCGCGUUUAGUUCCACGUUUGGCCCCGUGCACCAGCUUUGCCAUUACAAGAAGUCUUUCGUCAAACACAGCAGCUAUCGUGAAGGUGCAUCGCAGUAUUUAUGCUCGUCGGUAUCCCACGAUGAUGGUGUUACCGAAUGGUGCUACGAUCAAUAUCAACUACCACGAGCCAAGACGAAUUAUCAAGCUCCCACUUGACUUGAGUCUUCUCUCGGAAGCGGAGAGGAAAGCCCGUAUCGAGAAACGCAAACCGAAGCAAAAGAUCCGGAUUGAGGACGAUGUUGAGGAUACGUUUAACGCGAACAAGUACUUGAAGUACAUGAAAAAGAAAUAGGUUUUUGCAGUGUAACUAACAAAUAGUUGUAGAUAAAACUGCGUAGCGCAAAAUGAUUCGCACGAUUGAAAAUAAAUUAUGUGAAAUGUUAACGAAUUUCGGGUUGCUGC